CGGUACUUUACGUAACGCUGCGCCGCCAUAUCGGGCAGCCGACGCUGUAACAACGCUGUGGGGACCAUGGGCUACCUGAUCGAGGAAGACCUUUGCACGGUGUCCACCACAGAAACGGUGCAAAAGCAUCGGGCGGCGCCCACGUCGUCGGGCCGGACGUGUGUCGUCGUUGAUUGCGAGCUCGCGAAUUGCCUCGGCGACCUCUGGGCCAUCGCCUAUCUGCUGAGCGCACCCAACGUGGACCUACGCUACGUGCUAGCCACGGGCGGCGACACGAGAGCCAAGCUACGAGUUAUCAGCAAGUUUCUGGCGCAUUGCGGCCGGGCGGAUGUUGAGGUCGGGGCCUGCGCGGAAUCAAAAAUGAGGCCGCCUUCGCAGACCGUCCACACGAUUUCAGCCAGCGCGCCCGCCGAAGCGUCCGUCGGACGCAUCGGUUGAUUUGCACACAGGUCGGGGCGGGGCCAACCGGCCCUUCAGAGCCGUGGCUGGAGGCUGGCGAUGAUGGGGUGCUGCGGCCCUGCUCUCAGUACCACCCGAGGUGUGGCCCGAACCCCCUGCUGCGGGACUGGGCGAAGAAAUUCGACGACCGGCAGCAACUUGCCCGGGGCGGCUACCCGGCGUACGACCCGAUCGUGCGGCUGCGCGACGCGCUCGAUUCGCGUGUGGACGACACCGAGGCGGUGGUCCUGUGCCUCGGGAGCCUAGAAAACGUGGAGCGACUGCUGGACCUGGACGAGGACGUCUUCGCCCGGCGCGGGGGGGCGCGCGUCGCCGCGGUGCGCGCGCUCGACGAGCCGGGCGACCGCGCAAAGCGCGUCCUGAGCGCCGCGUCGUCGGGUCUGGUCGCGCGGCGCGGCGCGUGCGCCGCGGCGCUCGGGCCGUCGCUCGAGGACGCGUCUGCGCGGGAUCCGUUCCUGUGCGCCGACUCGCAAGCGGCCCUCGCGCUCGCCCAAGCGCAGCUUGCGGCGGGGCGCGCGUUCGGCGGCGACGUCGCGCUACGGGGGUUCCUCGAGAGCUCCAUCUACGCGUUCGUGGCAUGCCCGCCGCCCGGCGCGGCGCCCGAGGUCGCGCUCGACGUGCGGGAGGCGGCCGUCGACGUCGUCGACGGGGCGCUCGAAGACGUCGACGACGAGCGGCGCGGUCUCCUGUACGUGGACGUCGUCGAGGGUUGGGCCGACGCCGCGGACGCGUCGCUGGUCCGGGACGUCGUCGUCAAGACGGUCGCGGACGGGCCGUGGUGCCCCCAGGGCGCCCACAAGGCCAAGGAGCACAAACGCCAGCACCGCCCCCGCCCGCGGAGCGAAGGCCCGCGGCGCGUGCCGGGAGAGGACGAGGGCGCCAACGCCGCGACGGCCGACUACGGAGCCGUCGUCAUCACCCACCGUCACGGCUACGCUCGGCCCGGACCUAGGGCGGCGAUGUCGACGCGGCAGGUCCCCGGCGGCGGCGGCGGAACGACGAAGCCGCCGCGGCCCGCGUCGCCGCUCCUCGGGACGAGGCGACGCGUCACCGCGCCGGCGUUCCAUAAGUAGAUUUUUCUGCA